CAUACCAAUGAAGAUGGCGGCGGUGGGGUCCGCCAAAUCCGCUGGACUGGGGCAGAGAGGCAAAACCAGGCCUGGCGCUCUCGCUGCUCCUCUGAGUCUGGAGGAGGCCCGGUGCCCAGUGUGCUCCGAGAUUCUGCUGGAGCCGGUAACGAUGCCAUGCGGACACUCGGUGUGCCUGCAUUGUUUCCAGCGGACGGUGAAGUUAAUCAGUCUGUGCUGUCCGCUGUGCCGGCUGCGAGUGUCCAGCUGGGCCCGUCAACAGUCCCGGGAGAAGAGCCUGGUCAACACCGAACUCUGGGAGCUGGUCCGGCUCAGUCAUCCGGAGAGAUGCAGGCGGAGGCUGGAGCAGAGAGACCGAGAGAUCGCGGACGGAGGUUCGGAGGACUUGACAUAUUACAUAAUCAGGAAAUAUGUGGUCAUAUACAUCCAUUCUAUCACUGUGCUGUAUUACAGUUGUCUUCAUAGCAGUGCUGUCCAGAGGAGCAGGAGCUGUACAGAUUCUGAGGAUGGAAGAGGAAAAAACAGAGGUCACGCACAUCAUGCCGUUCCUGACAAGGCUAGCAUCACUCAUAGUUACAACGCUGGAAUCCUUCUGUCCUCAGAGAACAGUCACUCUUUCUCAGCUCCGGUACUGAGCUUAGAUAAGAGACACCAUUGGCGGGGCAUCCACACCUCAUCCGCUUCGCUCGUGCUUCAGACCAAACCAGAGAGGUCUAUUAGCCCAGAGAGCAAUGACAGCAUAUCGGAAGAACUCAACCAUUUCAAGCCUAUUGUCUGCUCGCCGUGCACUCCACCCAAAAGGCUGCCCGAUGGGCGACUUUUGGAACCUACAAUCGUGAAGUCAACCCCUAGGAACUUGACACGCACUCUGCACAAGUCCACAAGCUACGAGGCCAGCCCGACCAUCUUGCAGAAGUGGAAGCAAAUUGAAGUUGAUCGUCAGUGUAUCAAGGUGACCUCAAAAGGUACAGUCACAAGUCCGAUCGCAGAGGAUCUUAGCCUUAAACUGAGUCCCGUUGAAGAACUGGACAGCCGACUCUGCAGCUGUGCUGUAGCCAAGGACAGCUUGCAAGAUCAUCAGUGCAUUUGUGAACCAAGUGCUAAGGAUCAGAAGGAUAAACCUGUAGUCUGUAAUAAACGACGGCUUGUAUUUGAUCAGUGUAACAAAGAGGAAGGUACACAGCCAGCUAGCGCUCACAUCAGGUCGACAACUCAAACCAUUGCAGAUACUUCAUCUGCAAAAGGGCGAAGCAAAUGUGAAGCACUCUGUGAACCCACAGAAAUUUGUGAACCGAUGCUUGAUAAACCUGCUGGACACUGUAAUCUGGGUACUGAAGACCUAGAGAACUUCAUAAAUGAGCCUACCACCAGGAGCUGUGUACUUAACAGACCUACCUCAAGAAGGGGCAAAAAGAGAAGCCACAAAACCAAAUAUUUGGAAGAGACCCUACAGACAAAAAUGUCCCGGACAGAUGUCUGUGACAGGUUUGAUGAUCUGAUUGUCCAGCAAACGAAUCAGGAAAAGGAGGACAGAGAACUGGCACAAAAGCUACAAAGACAGUUUGACAGAGAAUGUCAAAAAGUAGACAGGAACAAAACAAGUCGUAACAAAUACGAACUCCGGUCCUGGGCUACAAAAGAUGGGAUGGUAGGACACAGUACACGCAGAUCAGGAAGAAUCUCCAAACGAAAUGAGCACUUUAGCUACAGCUGUUAAAGGAACCUCCGGUUAUGGUAGUGUUUUAUUGUAAUGAUUUGUCACGGUCACAAACGUUUUCUUUGUUGAGGCACUACAGAGGCUUUCUAAGAUCUGGAUAAGUAUUG